CUCGCUCCCGCCGCCAUGUCCCCGGCCCCAGGCCCAGGCGCGCCCUCAGCCUCAGCCUCGGCCCCGCUGCGGGUCCUGAGCCGCCGCGAGUGCCCGGUGAGCCGGGCCCGGCUCCUGCAGCUCGAGCUGCCGCACGGGGAGCUCCAGACCCCGGUCUUUAUGCCGGUCGGAACCCAGGGAACCCUCAAAGGCAUCGCCGUGGGGCAGCUCGAGGCCCUGGGCUGCAGGAUCCUCCUCGGGAACACAUACCACCUGGGGGCCCGCCCGGGGCCAGAACUUAUCUCAAAAGCCAAUGGGCUGCAUGGUUUUAUGAACUGGAAGAGAGCGCUUCUAACAGACAGUGGUGGGUUUCAGAUGGUGUCUUUAGUGGAAUUGGCUGAAGUAACAGAACAAGGAGUACGAUUCUCUUCUCCUUAUGAUGGAAAGGAAAUUCUUCUGACACCUGAAAAAUCGAUUGAAAUACAGAAUGCUCUUGGUUCAGACAUCAUGAUGCAGUUGGACGAUGUUGUGAGCAGCACAGUGUCUGGGCCGAGAGUUGAGGAAGCCAUGUACAGGUCUAUUCGCUGGUUGGAUCGCUGCAUUGCAGCAAAUAAGAACCCUGAGCAACAGAAUCUGUUUGCUAUUAUUCAGGGCGGCCUGGAUGCUGAACUGCGUAAGAAAUGUCUGACAGAGAUGAUUAAGCGUGAUGUCUCUGGAUUUGCCAUUGGGGGACUUAGUGGCGGGGAAGAGAAGGAUAAUUUCUGGAGAAUGGUGACACUCAGCACAGAGUAUCUCCCACGAGAGAAGCCACGCUACCUGAUGGGAGUGGGAUAUGCAACUGAUCUUGUAGUUUGUGUGGCUCUGGGUUGUGACAUGUUUGAUUGUGUGUUUCCCACACGGACAGCGCGAUUUGGGUCCGCGCUUGUUCCUUGGGGAUCUCUGCAACUGAAAAACAGGCAGUAUGCCAAGGAUUUCAAACCCAUUGAUGAAGAUUGCGACUGUCCGACAUGUAAGAGGUACACUCGAGCAUAUCUACACGCCCUGUUCAGGAGUGACACUGCUGCCCUCCAUCACAUCACCAUCCACAACAUUGCCUACCAGUUGAACCUGAUGUGUUCAAUUCGUGAGAGCAUUCGGCAGGGACAAUUUCCAGUCUUCAUUCAGCAGUUCAUGAAGCGAAUGUAUGGAAGUAAAGAGCAAUACCCACGCUGGGCUGUUGAAGCACUCAGCACAGUCAAUGUUCAACUGGAAUAGAGGGACUGGCCCACCUAUUGCUGGACGAAGGCUUAAUUCACAAAAGAAUAAGUGAUGACCAACUCCAAAUAGACAAAGAAUCUACGCAUAUCCCCAUGAUAUUCAAUGGCAUUACCAUCAUUGCAUCCUCCACAUGAACAUCCUGGAGGUUGCCAUUGACAAGAAACUGAACUGGACUAAACUAUAAAUACUAUGAUUACAAGAACUGGUCAGAACCUGGGGAAUCUGCAGUGAGUAACUUACCUGACUCUCGCUAGCCCACUCACCAUUUACAAGUCAGAUGUGUGAUGAAAUAUUCCCCACUUACAUGGAUGAGUACACCUGCACCUAAGAAGCUUAACACCAUCCAAGACAAAGAAGCCUGCUCAAUUCGUGCCACAGCCACAAGUAUGCACUCCCUCCAUCACCAAUGCCAAUUGCAGCAGUGAAUACCACCUAUAAGAUGCACUCUAGAAAUUCAUUAAAAGGUCCUCAGACAUCAUCUUUCACACCCUUGACUAUUAUCACCUAUAAGAACAAUGGCAGCAGAUAAUGGGACCAGGAACACCACCACCACCUGCAAGUCUCCUCCAAGCCAUUCUCCAUUUCUAACAGCAUACUUACCGAAGGUGGAUUCAGUGAUUACAGAAGGCACCACAAUCUUAAGUGCAUGCCAUGAAUGUAUAAAAGAAAAGGUAAACAAUUUGUCUGUUCCAGAGAUAGAAAUAAUCCCAUUAGAAUAUUUGACAGAAGUGCUUUUAUAGAUGAGAAAAUGAACCUAAAAGUUAAGGAGAUUACUGUGCUGCAAUUGAUAGCUCAUCCAACAUUAAAUAACGAAAAUGUACCAAAGUAUCUCCUAUCUUAGUGAUCUCUACCACAGAUGGCCAAUUGCUAGGUCAUAGGAAUAUCAUCUGCAGCGAUUUUGAGUUGGCAUUUCCGGGAGGGAUCAAACAGUAAUGAAGACAUGAGCAGCAAUGAUAAAGCCAAAGACUGAAAACUGUUCCAUAUCCAGAUGAACUUCCUUCCUCGCACACAGUCACCUUGGAAUGGAAGGUGAAAAACUCUUGGAAAAACGUGCACGCCAAGACAUAAGAUCAUGUCAAAGAUUAUGCAAUAAAUUAUGACAUUACUUUAUAAA